AGUUGAGGACGUGUGGAUCUAAUAGACAUGAAUGGGGUGGUGGAGACGAGGGUCUGUGGAUUUUAUCCAGAUGCUAAAAUUAAUGUUUGCACCUCAAUGGAGUUAUUCUUAUAGUAACUUUUAACACGAAUACUCUCGACUGCUUUAAAUGCUUCACGUGAGUCAAUCUCGUCCGGCGUAACAGCUCUUUUGUUUUCAUCGCGUGACUCGAAGCAAAUCACGGUUUCGAUUGUUUUCUAUUAAACAUGCCGGGAAACAAGUCGGCGCUGAUCCAGAAGAUAGCGAGCCAGGCUUGUGUGACCUUUGCAAACUCUUCCUCUGCCAUUGGGGAUAAUAACGCGUUUUUAGAGCAGCAGGCAAGGUUAGUUUCCAUGCUCUCCGACAUAAGGGCUGCGGAUCUGAAGAUUGCGCCACCGAAGCAAGUCUCCAUAUCCUCCCCACAGUCCUCAGCAGUCCCUCCGGUCACAUACAUGCAUAUCUGUGAGAAUGAUCUCUUCAGCAUGGGAGUGUUUCUGCUGAAGCCUGGGACUUCCAUCCCCCUGCAUGACCAUCCUGGGAUGAAUGGCAUGCUCAAGGUCCUAUAUGGCAAGGUCAAUAUAAGGUGUUAUGACAAGUUGGAUAAAGCUGUGGGUGCUGAGAGUGAAACCGAGAGGCAGUUUGAGCCACCGCAGAUGCCUUUCCAGGGGGAUGAUGUGAGGAGAGCCGUGCUGAGGUCUUCAGGAGAGUUUUCUGAGCAGAGCGGCCCUUGCAUCUUGUCCCCUCUCAAAGACAACCUUCAUGAGAUUGAUGCAGUGGAUGGACCCGCUGCGUUUCUUGAUAUAUUGGCACCACCUUAUGACCCUGAUGAUGGGAGAGAUUGUCACUACUACAAAGUUUUGCAAACUGCUGGCAAAAAGUCAGAGCAGAGCGGUGAAGAUGAAACUUGGGUUUUAGAGAUCCCCCAACCAGAUGAUUUCUGGUGCGGGGGGGAGCCUUACCCCGGUCCUAAGGUUUCAGUGUAGAAACGAACACUGGAAUGGACUUGUAGCCUCUGCACAUGAUCCGUCUUCGCUCUGACUCAGAUGUUGAAAAGUGUAGUAUUUUUCUGUGGACUGGAUGGAAACACCACUACAUGAUUUUAAAUGUCCAGUCUAUGCACCCCAUAGGCUACAUCAACUCUUUUGUGGCCUUGCUUGUGAAUAAUGAAUGUAUUGAAAGCAUUUACUCUUCUAUACGUGCACACUAUAUAUCUAUAUUAAAUACUUGUUUAAUUUAUUUUAAAAGACUGUACACAAACACUAAUUAUUAUGUACUGUUUAUAUUUUUACGGUUGAAGUACUUUUAAAAUGAUUGUAAAUCAUUUUCA